GUACACGAGUGGAGGCUUUUUAAGAACAAUGUAUAAAAUUAUCAUCACUCUCUUUUGAACCAAUCACAUAUUUUUUACGUCUAAAUAGAUUAAAACGGAAACCAGACGGGGAAACUCUGGGAUUGGAACGUGUUCCCGCGAGAUUUCACAGUUAGUAUAGUGAAUGCCACGUCUUAGAUGCAAAAGUAACAUCAGCAUCAACGCACUACGUCCUCCGGGUUCACUAUUCGUGGUGCACGCAGGACACGCCGUUCACCAGCGGCCCGACAGGCAGUGAUACAGACACAGGCUGUGUUUACUCUCUCUCACAGUGGAUAAUAUGGGCUGCGUACGUCUGCUGGCACUGACACUGGCCGCGUCUGCUGCACUCCUGUUCGCCUCCCAUUCAGCCAGCGCUCACAGCCACUCGCAUGGCGACCACGGCCAUGGACACCAUCACCAUGGACAUGAUGACCACCACGGGCACUCCCACGGCCCUCAGGUGAAGAUGUUCCACGGGGCAAGCAAGUGGAGUGCUGAAGCCAACCUCCCUUCUGAGGAGGAGGACCACGGGCACGCUCACGGGCACGCUCACGACCACGGGCACGGACACGACCACGGGCACGGACACGACCACGGGCACGCUCACGACCACGGACACGGGCACGCUCACGACCACGGGCACGCUCACGACCACGGGCACGCUCACGACCACGGGCACGCUCACGACCACGGGCACGCUCAUUCCCAUGAUCAUGGUCAUGAGGAAAUUGUGCACCAGGAGAGUGGACACAGACACUCGCAUGGAGAAGAGAGGGUGAAGAGGGAGGCGGUUGGAGAGAAGAGGGACAUGUUGGAGCUUUGGACGCAGGCGGUCGGAGCCACCCUGCUGAUCAGUGCAGCUCCCUUCCUCAUCCUGUUCUUGAUCCCAGUUCAAUCAAACAGCGACCAGCACCAGAACCUGCUCAAAGUGCUGCUCAGCUUUGCCUCUGGUGGCCUGCUGGGUGAUGCCUUCCUGCACCUCAUACCUCAUGCUCUGGAGCCUCACUCUCAUCAUGGAGAUGGAGAUCACAGGCACUCGCAUGCCAGUGAAGAGUCGCACGACCACGGUCACUCUCACGGUCACUCUCACGGGGCAGCACAUGAUCACAUGAUGUCGGUGGGUCUGUGGGUUCUCGGUGGGAUCAUUGCCUUCCUGGUUGUAGAGAAAUUUGUGCGUCACCUAAAGGGAGGUCACAGCCACGGACAUUCCCACUCACACGCUGCUGCCAAGGAAAAAGAUAGUGAUGGAGAAGAUGAAAAGGAGAAGAAGAAGGAGAAAAAAGGAGUCAAAGAUGCAAAGGCACCAAAGAAGCAGGAGAAAAAGAGCUCAGACAUAAAGGUUUCAGGCUACUUGAACCUUGCUGCAGACUUCACCCAUAAUUUUACCGAUGGGCUGGCGAUCGGAGCCUCUUUCCUGGUUGGUCCAGCAGUGGGAGCCGUCACCACUCUCACCAUCCUGCUGCACGAGGUCCCGCACGAGAUCGGAGACUUUGCCAUCCUGGUCCAGUCUGGCUGCACCAAAAGAAAGGCCAUGUGUCUCCAGCUGCUGACGGCCCUGGGAGCGCUCGCCGGCACAGCUUGCUCCCUGUUGGCCGAGGGCGUGGGCGCCGCGGCGACCGCCUGGAUCCUGCCGUUCACAGCGGGCGGCUUCGUUUACAUCGCCACGGUGACGGUGCUGCCCGAGCUGCUGGCCGGACGCUCCAGUUUCAGACAGUCUCUGAUGGAGAUCCUGGCCCUGCUGUUCGGAGUGGGCAUGAUGGUGCUGAUUGCUGAGUAUGAGUGAGAAGCGAAAUAGCAGAGACGAAGGGUCAAACGGUUGAAGUAUGUGGAUUAUUUUGGUCGGGUUUGUAAUCUCUCGUUUAUUUUUUAUGGGUUUUGAAACAGGUUCCACCUGUUGAUGGUGAAUGGGCUUUUGUUGUUUUGUGUUUUACUGUUCACGGUCCUGACUGUGAACUGUUUGUUGUUGAGGAACAGUGUUGACGUCUUAAAGCCUGAGCGCUGGAAGGAAACGGGCGUCCAUGGAGGCGCCCUCGUCAGGCGACCAGGGUGAGACGUACUGUCCAGAAGAGCUUUCACUACAUAGACCGCGUGAUAACUGACGGCUCAUUCCCUCCACAAGUGGCUUGAAGUCAUUUAAUUCUAGCUGUGACACCAUCACUUGACAAACGGUCCUUUGAACCUACAUUUCUUUGUGUGUCUCUUGUGUAGAUGAUGUAUGAAUGUUCAUAUUUUUGCAUUCCACAGACGACGUGCAGGUUGUGGCUGUGACAGAGUUUCUCAUGUCAUUAAAAUUCCAUUUUUUUUGAUGGUGGGAAGUAAAAUUCUUUUAGAUUUUUAAGUGUUCCGUGGAAACUUUUCUUACAUCUGAUGAGCAAGAAUGUUCAAACACUGACUCUAAAAUAAAGCCUCCUAAUCAUGU